UCAUUGUGCAUAUCACAUUUCGUCUUUAAAAGAACAGUGUGAUAGACUGAACUAUGUCGAAGAAUGUAUUUCGUGCGAUAAUGCUAGAAGAAAUGUGCCGUGCAAUGCAAGAACGUGCAAAAUGCAUAAAAAAUUCGUUGUUUGUAGAAAUUCUCGAUUUAACGGAGACAGAUUCAAUGGAUGAUGAGCAAGCAUUAAAAACUGGUAAUGUUCGUAUGAAAGGCGAUAAAAUUAGGCAAGAUCCUCUACCGACUAAAGAGAAACAAAAAUCUGAUCAAACGAACUCAAGUUUACACCUACUUAAACCUUACACUAAAGAUAAGAAAAUGGAUACAUUUGAAGAGAAGAAUGAACAAACUAUUCCUACAAAAGAUAAUUUUCACAUUGAAUUAAGUACAAAUACUUCUAACAUAAAUAAUGCACAACUCGAAGCAACAGCAAAAGGAGGAAAAGUUCAAACUGUAGUAGAUCAAAAUGUUAUGCAAGAAAUGAACGAAUUAAAAGAGGUUUACAGCACACAAGAUAUUCCUAUCAAGGACAAGAAAAUGUUUGAAAGAAUUCAAAAGGUUUUACAGGAACGGAAAUAUUUUUCUUAUACUUAAAUUACAUUCACAUAAUACAUAAUUUGCAGGAUCUUUUAAACGAAAGAAAACGCACAGAAGAACUUGAAAAGAAAUUAGAAUCUUUAACUUGCAGCAUAAAUUGUCUAAAAGAAAACAGCGAGCAAAAAGCAGCUUGUUUAAAAGGUGCGUUAGAAAUGGCUGAGGAACAAACUAAAUUUGCAAUGGAUUUGGUGAAACGAUCAAAAGAUCAAACAGAUAUAAUUGAAACAGAUAGAAAUGAGCUAUUAAGCGAAAUCACGAAAUUACAAGUAUGUAUACGAGAAGAAGCAAUUUUCAUUAAUAUAAGAAUAAUUAUUAUUUCAGCAACAGAUAGUCGAAGCUACACACGCGAAUACAACGUUGACGCAAGAGCGAGAUACUUUAAAAAAUAGAUUGGAAUCCUUGACAGAAGAUGAAUCUAAAAGGUAAUUUUUUUAAUUCUUAUUUAAUCGUCUGUCCUUAUAUCUUCAAAGUAUAAUCUAAAAAUCGCUUCAGAUAUUAAAAACAUGCUUCAAUCGUACAAGGUGCGAAGAAGUUGAGCAAGAAGUAAAUAGAAUGAAAUGUGCAGUAAAAGUAAAAGAAAAUGCUUUAAACGAGGUAAA